AUGACAUGGAAGGAGUCUUUACCUGAUACACCUACCUAUAGUUGGGUAGGAGAUGUAGCAUUGUCCAUAUUUCAAAGUAUGGUAGCCGCUCAUUCAGAUAUAGAUGAUGCUGGAGAGAUUGUUGCACCAACCCCCAGAGUAAAGAGGAUCUUGUCAAGCUCAUGUUGUCUUCCACUUAUUGCACAAGCAGUGGCUCGAUGGUGGCUCCAUCAAUAUGCACAUUGUUUCUCAAUUUCAGAGCUUUGUUUAAUGAACCAAACUCUUUCCUCUAUUUCUUAUGUGCAGGCAAUGCUUUCUGGUGAACCGACUAUUGUUGAUGCUGCUGCUGCUCUGCUGAAAGCUACAGUUACUAGGAACCCAAAAUCAAUGAUCCGAUUAUACAGUACAGGCGCAUUUUAUUUUGCUCUGGCUUACCCUGGAUCUAAUCUUCUUUCAAUUGCCCAACUCUUCUCAGUGACUCAUGUUUAUCAAGCUUUUCAUGGUGGUGAGGAAGCUGCAGUUUCCUCUUCUCUACCUUUGGUGAAACGAAGUGUUUUGGGCGGCCUCUUACCUGAGUCAUUGCUUUAUGUACUGGAACGUAGCGGCCCAGUUGCUUUUGCCGCAGCAAUGGUUUCUGAUUCUGACACUCCUGAGAUUAUUUGGACACACAAGAUGCGAGCAGAAAAUUUGAUCCGUCAACAUCUUGGUGAUUUCCCUCAGAAAUUGUCACAGCAUUGUCAUUUCUUAUAUGACUAUGCUCCAAUGCCACCAGUGACAUAUCCAGAGCUGAAAGAUGAAAUGUGGUGUCAUUGUUAUUAUCUCGAAACUUAUGUGAUGAAAUUAGAUUUCCUAAUUGGCCUAUUGUUGAACAUGUUGAGUUUUUGCAAUCAUUGCUAG